UAGGGUACAGUUUCUAGGUCUGCCCUUCAUGAAAAUGCCAUAUGCAAGAUUUUUCACUCUUCAGCUUUUAUUUGUAGGAUAAUAAAUUUCUCCAAAGUUUGAGGAAUUUCUAGCACUAGUAAGUAGGGCUCCAUUUAGAAAUGAGUAAAAAAUGGAAGGGACCUUUCUUUUUGCUGCCCUCCAAAAUUAUAAUGGGUGAUUCUCUGUAUGUAUUUAAUGACUUGAUUUCCAGUGUCUCCUGGCAACAAUGGGAUAUUCUCAGGAUGAAUCCAGGUUGCUGUAGCUAGAGCUACAGUGUUGAGUGAAAGGGAAAAAAAUAAUAAUAGGAAAUUAUUAUAAUGCCCACAUAAGAGGAGUGUUGAGAUUUUUAGAAAUAAUAUGCACAACUCAUGCUUUUAUUUUCCUUUUUAGAAAUCAAGAAAGAGCUCUCUGUCCAACAGGAAUUUUCAACUCCAUCUUAACAGUGAAUUCUCACACUGACAUUCAGACUUAGUCAUCUUCUGGAUCACUGGAUAUAAAAAAGUUUUUAAUUCUGUGUUAGUUAUUGCUCAACUAGGUGAGAAAUAUGAAUCUCAUUUCUAAGAAUAGCCCUAAUUCUGGGCAUUGUCUGGAUAAACAUGGGAGAGGACUCAAGUCCUUUAAGAAACUGAGUGUGUGGGUCUUGCAGUGUGAACAUGAGAGACAGAGCAGGACGGGAAGGGUCGAGGUGAUGGAGUCAUAGUGUUGAAGGGUUAUCCUGAGUCUGGUUGUAAGUUGGAAUAGAGAAUAGAGGAAAAGAAGGCCAAACUUGAGAAAGUUAUGGAUGGCCUAUAUUUACAAAUGGCACGAAGGCACAGGCAAGGGCUGAUUGUAGUGCAAUCUGCAUAGAUUGUACAUGCUGGGCAUGGAGAUUGUGAGCAGAGUAUGUUCCCAUCUUGGUCAGCAGUUUCCUGUGAUCAGUUAUAUGACAUCUGGGAUAUGUCUAUGCUGUUUUCGCUCUAAUUAAUUCCCUUUCUCCCCACUCUGCAAAUCUCCAGCCACUGCCCCUCUUCACUUUCCAUUAAUGACCGUAUUUAAAAAUUUAGUGAAAAACAAAAGCCAUUAGGUGAGAACUGCUUCCUUCCUAAUGCCAAAUCUCCUGGCUUCAUGCACAUUUGAUGAAGGAAACCCUCUCCCACCUUUGGCCUUGCUCUGCUUCUACUCUGAGACCCAACUGCUUUUGGAGACAUCAUUUCUGCAAUUUUCUCUUAUUCUUCCUGCAAUUUUCCCUUCUCUACUAGUUUAUUCUCAACAGUUUACAAACAUCCAACAGUAAUUUUUAAUAAUGAAACAAUAACAAACUCUAAUACAUUAAAGAAAGAACAGUCAUGGUGGUAAGGGAGUUGAUCUAGGGUUGGGAUCCCACAGAAAAGAUUCUUAUAGGUUUGGUAAAUCUAGAAACUUAGGGAAGUUUGUCAUUUUGGAACAUAAAUUUUUGAGCAGGCAUGAAACUUUGUGAAUGGAGAGAGUUAAUACACGUAGGUAUAUGUUAGACCUAGGAAGAGACUUCACUUGAUUUUCUUCUUGCAUUCCAAAGACAACACUGAAGGCAAUGGGAAACCACAGCGUUGUCUCAGAGUUCAUCCUCCUUGGACUGUCUGCUGACCCCCAAAUCCAGGCUCUGCUCUUUGUACUGUUCCUUGUCAUUUACAUCCUAACCCUGAUGGGGAACCUGAUGCUGCUGCUGGUGAUCUGGGUGGAUUCCCAGCUCCACAUCCCCAUGUACUUUUUCCUGGGACAGUUGUCCUUCCUAGAUCUCUGCCACUCCUCUGUCACUGUGCCCAAGCUGUUGGAGAACCUCCUGUCAGAGAAGAAAACCAUCUCAGUAGAGGGCUGCCUCGCUCAGGUGUUCUUUGUGUUUGCCAGGGGCACCGAAUCCUGCCUACUCACGGUCAUGGCCUAUGACCGCUUUGUUGCCAUCAGCUCCCCUCUGCUCUAUGGCCAGGUGAUGAAUAGACAGCUGUGUAUGGGGCUGGUGUGGGGCUCCUGGAGCUUGGCUUUUCUGGAUGCUCUCAUCAAUAUCCUUGUAGCUCUCAAUUUAGACUUCUGUGAGGGUCAGAAUAUCCACCACUUUAGCUGUGAGCUGCCCUCUCUCUACCCUUUGUCUUGCUCUGAUGUAUCUGCAAGUUUUACUGCCCUGCUCUGCUCCAGCCUCCUACAUUUCACUGGAAAUUUCCUCUUGAUAUUUUUCUCCUAUGUUCGCAUUUUGUUCACCAUCCUGAGCAUCAGCUCCACAAAAGGCAGAAGUAAGGCCUUCUCCACCUGCUCCUCCCACCUCACUGCUGUGGUCUUCUUUUAUGGCUCAGGUUUACUCCGAUAUCUCAUGCCAAAUUCAGGAUCCACUCAAGAGUUAAUCUUCUCCUUGCAGUACAGUGUGGUCACUCCCAUGCUGAAUCCCCUCAUCUACAGCCUGAAGAACAAGGAGGUAAAGGCAGCUGUGAGAAGAACAUUGAGAAAACGUUUCUAG